AGUCAAAUCGCGAUCGUCGUUGCGCGAUCAUUCGACGCGUUUUAUAUAAAUCUCGGCACGCGCGGAUCGACCAGCGUAUACAAAACUAAAUCACAUCGAGAACUUCUCUCUACACACGUCUGUCACAUCUCCUUCCAUCCGUAGAAACAGACUUAAACAACGGCGCGGUGCGUAAUAUCGGAUUUGCGAAGAAGAGAGAGAGGAAAGAUAACUUUAGUGAUACUCGCACUAAGACAUCAAAGACAUUAUCAACUUCAUUGAUGAUGGAGCGAUUGAUGCUGCUGGCUUUUCUAGCUACCGUAGCAUUAUGUCACGAGCCAUUUCAAGUGAUCUUUGAAUGGAAGUCGAUUGACUUCGAGUGGCCUUCAGACGAGGAACGACAAUAUGCUAUAACGCGCGGCGAUUACAUACCGGCAAACAACUUCAUCACUACUGUGAAAUUCUGGAAGGACAAAAUGUAUUUGACGUUACCGCGAUGGAAAGACGGUGUACCUGUGACGCUGAGCGUUACGUCGGCGAAACCGAUCAAUGGCAUAACGGCGCCCAAGUUGGAGGCUUUUCCUAACUGGCCCAUGCAGAAGCUGGGUGACUGCACGGCAUUCCAACUGGUCCACAGCAUAGAGAUUGAUCCUAAGGGUCGCAUGUGGGUACUCGAUACCGGACGACCCACGUCUCUCAGGGAAUCCAAAGCCGACUGCUCGCCGCGCCUUGUUAUUCUCGACCUCGAGAACAACGGCAAGAUCCUUCGUUCUUACCAGUUCCCUGAACACGUGGCACGUCGCACAAACGCGUACCUCAAUGACAUUGUUCUCAAUCACGAGGACGGCGGCAUAGCAUAUAUCACCGACACUGGCACUACUGAUCCCGGCAUCAUUGUGUACUCGUUAAAGGAUAACAACUCGUGGAAGGUCCGACACGAUUCUAUGAAGGCCAAAUCAGAAGCGGUCGGAUUCAUGGUAGCGAAGACGCAUGUAAUCAAUCCAGUACAUGUGGACGGCAUAGCACUUUCACCAGCGAGCAGUCGCGACAGACAAGUCUAUUAUUCGCCUUUGUCUUCUUUUCAUCUGUACUCAAUUCCGGUGUCCGCUCUGAAGAACAACGUGACGAAUAUCGAUCGAUACGUGAGGGAACUUGGACGGAAGUCUUCGCAAACGGACGGCAUGGCGAUGUCGUCCACUGGCGUGCUUUACUUCGGUCUAUUAGCUGACGAUGCCAUCUCCAUGUGGGAUACUAAGAAUAUAGCAUCCUUCACCGUCGGUCAACGAGUCAUAUCGCGUGAUCACGUACUGACACAGUGGCCCGACAGUUUCGCCUUUGACGAUGACGGCAAUUUUUGGUGUGUCACCAAUAUGCUGCAAAACUUCUUAAACAAUCGCGUUGACAUUAACGUACCCAACUACCGUCUAAUUCGAUCACGCGUAGGUGUUAAAAAUUAUCAAUAUUACGAAAAUGGCACAGCACCCGAAUUACCAGAUUUCACCGCCGGCGCUGAUUCCGUCAGACUUGUACUUGCUGCGCUACUACCCACCAUUUUGAUACUUAUCGCAAAAUAACUACUUUGCAAGAAAAUCCUUUUAAAGGUAUGUACAUUUCGUAUACAAAGAAACAAUUUACGAAUUCACAUUAAAACAGUCGAUCAUAUUAACUCGAAACGCGUGUAUUACUUUUUCUUACGGCUUAUUCAGAAAUUGAAAAAACGCAGAAUCAUGACAUCAGUAGGCAAACACUAUGAGAGAGAUUCAGCUUGUCACACAAAAAUAUGUGAACGAUUACUCGUAUAUCAUUGCCAAAAUAAAAAAAUUUUAUUUAUUUUGGUUUAAAAGAUUUUAUUAGGUAUAUUCGCAUAUAGUGGAGACCGGGGCAAACUCAACACGAUUUUUUUAAAGGCAAUUUUCAACAAUUAAUUAAAAUUUUCAAGCAAAUUUAAUGGUACACAUUUAAAGAGUGUUCCUUCAGAUGCAAAAUUGCUUAAAGAAAAUUUGCUGUACGUCGCUUAGUUUUGCCCCUAGAAAAGGAAAAAUGACGCGAAGACAAAUUUUCAAAUUA